AUGGGUCCAGGAGAGAAGACUCCUAUGACAGAAACAUCUGCGGCUGUGCUCAUCCAAGCAUGGUGGCGCGGUACCCUGGUGCGCCGUGCUCUGCUACAUGCCGCCCUCAGCGCGUGGAUCAUCCAGAUCUGGUGGAGGAACAUACUGGAGACGAGGAAGGAGAAGAGACGGCGGGUGGCUUUGGAAAUAUAUGUUCGGGAAACAUGGGCAGCUGUAACACUGCAGUCCUGGGUCCGAAUGCAGCAGAUCCGUCAACGAUACUGUCGCUUGCUAAAAGCUGUCCGCAUUAUCCAGGUCUACUGGCGUCGGCAUAUUUGUCGUACACGUGGCUUCAUUUAUGGCGAGUAUGCAGUGAAGGGAAAUCAGCUGAAUAUUCAACUUGAAAUUUCCCAGGGCUCACAGGCUUGUAAAGUGCAGCAAUGCCUAGCCCUUCCAAUAAAAGAGUGA